UCGUAAUAACGUCCAUGGGUGGCAACUGUUGGUAAAGCUUACAAGCGUCUGAAGUAGGCACUGGAAAAUUGCUAAAUGCUUAACAUAAAAAGACUCUUUACUGCCCGCUACGCGUGCACUGUAGUUUCGGCGCAGCAUUGGAACGGACACAGUGAGGAACGGACAACGAGCAGGCAUUUGUACGAGAAAAACCGAGCAAGCCAAUUGGAGUACGGAUCGGAGGUUACGGCCUGUCGUGCAUGAAUAUUACCAACCAUGGGCUUGCGAAGCAAAGUGCGUUCGCCAUGGACAUGGACGAACGUUAGCGUAGGAUGCGUUUUUAUGCUGGGCUGCGCUUUGUUGUUUGUCGAGAAUUCACCUGCGCUAGCCGCAUUGGUGGCACAGUCAGAUGGCGCAGUUGCAAUUAGCGCCAGAAUACAGCCCAACUUGAAUGAUUUGGAAGUAGCCGCCUCAGAGAAGCAUGAGAAACAUGAGGAUGAAAAGAAGGAAGAGGAAGAAGAGGCGGAAGAGGAGGAGGAAAAGGAGGAAUCGUAUGAGGAAAAGUCUGAAGAGGAGAAGCACAGUGAACAUAAGAAAAAGAAAGGUGAAAAGGGCAAGAAGGGGCAUAAGGAGGAGGAGCACCACGAGAAGGGCGAAAAGGGCCAUCACGAUAAGGAGGGUAAAAAGGGUGAGAAAGAAGAGGAGGAGGGACAUGAGAAAAAACACAAAAAAGACGAAGGUCACCACAAGAAACAUAAGAAAGCGAAAAAGGGUGAAAAGGGACAUGAAUUUGAAGAUCACGGCUCAUAUAAGAAGGGCCAUUCCAUUAAGGGUAAACAUCACGUACACAAGUUAAACGAGGAUAAUAAAGAGAAAAAAUACUACGACGAACACCAUGACGAGGGUGAAGAGGAGAAACAUGGCGGUUUCAAGGAAGAGAAAAAACAUAAAAAAGGCAGUCAUCAUAAAAAGGGCGGACACAAGAAGAGCGCACACGAAGACGAAUAUGGCAAGAAGGGACACAGUAAGAAAGGCCACAAACAUAAGGGGCACAAGGGUCACAAGAAGGAGCAUGAGGAGAAAAAGAAGUGGGCCGAAGAGCAUGCGGGCGACAAAAAGAAGGGGGAGGAAGAGAAAAAGAAGUGGAAAAAGUCGGAGAAGAAGGAGAGCAGCAGUGGUGGUGGUGGUGGCCAUGGACACGAUUGGUAAACGAGAGGCGAUGUUGGCUGCUUUGAUUAGCUGAAGUGUUAAAUGUACGAGUGUUAGUAAAUUUUAAUCGGUGUUGGUAGCGUAAAUAGUUAUUUUUUAUUGCUAUACAUACAUUUUGUAACUUUGCAUAGCCAACGCAGGCAACGUAAUGAGAAGUUCAAAAAGUCUAUUCCUAAAAGCUUUUGUUUAAUAAAUGAUUACAGUUACAGUUCAUUUGAAAAAUAUUUUUUUAUUUAUUAAAUUCUGGACAAACAGAAAUGUUGAACCUUUUGUUUGAGUGGAUGGUUUUUAAAUGUGUCAUACUA